AUGGGGCAAAUUGAUAUAACUGUAUCCGAAGAUUUGGAGUCCGCUCGCCAAAGUUUGGAGCUUUAUCAAAAAUACUCAUCUUUAGCUGGUAAAACGUCUAAUUCAAAGCUUUUCACGUUAUCAUAUAUUUUUGGAUUAAAUGCUGUUCAACAAUUGAUGAGAAUAUAUAAAAAUUUGAAGAAUGAGAAAUCCAAGAAAGAAUGCAAUACCAAAGCAGGGGAGAUUAUAACUUUAUUAGAGGAUGCCAAGAACAAACAAUUGAAAAGAAUAGAAAAAGGCAGCAGGUAUCAAAGCAUAAGAAAAAUCAAAUCAAGAGCAAACGAUAAAGCAUUUAUGGAAGUCUUGGAAGAUGAUAACAAAGCCCGGCUCUUUUUGAAUAGAUGGUGCACAGAUCAACUAGAUAAAGUCGAAGCGAUUAUAAAAGGUGGAUUUGUUGAUUUAAGCACUGUGGACAUGCUACUUAAUAUUUGCACAGCACUACAGGCCAGCAUAGACAUGUAUCCAGUUGAAUUGGAUAACAAAGAACAUAGUGAGCACGAAAAAGAAGAAUUAGAAGAGAUAGAAAAGGAUUCUGAAUUGUAUGAACAGAAGCUCAGCCAAGCAGAAGAUGCUUUAAAUAACAACAAGGGUUUACAGCAUACCUCUGGGGUAUCAACAAGGAAAGCAGAGGACCUUACACGAGAUCAACUAGAAGAAAAAAUUAAGUGGUGUAAAUUUUGCAUUUCCAGAAUUUGCAGCAACACGAAAGCCGGUAAGGAUCCCAAUGAUGAUCUGACUCUUAUGAUUGGUGCAAAUGGGAAAGAACAACUAGAGAUAUCUGAAGAGGAGGUUAACCAAGUGAUUGAAUCUGUUUUAAACAUGAGAGAUGAUGGAAAUAACAAUUCAGAGAACAGUGAUGAUGAUUCGGACAAUUAUUAUUAUGACUCAGAUGAGGAAGAGUAUGUGAAGAAAGGAGAGUUAAGUUCAAAAUUUCCUAAACCACCGGUUGAGACUAAGGAUAAGAAAGAAUAUGAUAUUGGAGAAAAAUCAAAGUUAGAUACGAACAUACAACCUAAAAAUGAAAUACAAAGAGAACCUCAAGCAUCUAUUGAAAUCACUCCAGCCUCCAUAGUAGCUUCAAAAUCCGCAAAGAAAAAUAGUCUUAAGAAGGAAAGUCCACCAGACUUGCAAUCACUAGAAAAAGAGCUUGAUAAUAGCGGCUUGUUAGAGUCUGCAAAGAAAUGUUGUAAAUUUGCAGUGAGUGCAAUUCAAUAUGAGGAUGUGGACACUGCCUUGGACGAGCUUCAAGAAGCUAUGAACCUAUUGAAAAGCUACCAAGCUAAGAUGGGGUGUGAUAAGACUGAAAGAGAUGGCAAUUGA